UGUAUGUUGAAUUGUCAGGCAGACUCUCCUCAUGUACGGUAUUUCCAUGAAAUGUCCUGCACUGUAAGUCUUUUGGGUCUUUAAAUUUUAGACAAGAUUUCCAGGUUUUUCCCAAAGCUGUUUUUAGAUUAAAAUCUCUUUUUUUGGGUUUGCCUUGGUUAAUCAUAUUUUGAAUACAGCGCCUGUUAUUUUUGUUGCAUAUGAAAUUUAAGCGAAGCUAAAUUGUCUUGUUUUGAGUAUCAUUAGUCUUUUGGUCUUUCCUUUUUUUCACUUGAAUUUGGAAUAAACUGCUGGCAAAAUCAGGCAGAUUUUCUCAUUCUUGUCGCCGUAGUAUUUGUACGACUGCAGUUUUCCCCGUGUUUGUUUUUAGAAAACGAGUGAACAAAACUUUCUCAGUGACAAAAUUAAGAAUAUAAACUAAAUCCAAGAAAAAAAUGAGAAGGGGAUUAAUUUUUAUGUGUGGAACUGGAGAAUACAUUGGAAUGCAUUAAGAAAUCAGAAAAGAUUGCAGUAGUCUGAAGAAACUUCACAGAAGGAUUUAGCGAUUGUCAUUCAGGCGUGCCAGAUUACCUGCGUUCCUCAAACGUUCUGACCUCCUAUAGAUGAUGCCCUUAUUCCUACAUGAAGGAUUUUGGUAUCAUCCCCGGGCAAAGGUUUAAAGACGUAAGAUGCAACUGAGGUAUAAGUCCGCAGUCCCCCCCCCGCCGUGUGCCGGGGGCUUUGCUGGAAGCUCCUAGGUCCUUACCCACUGGUCCAGGAAGCACAGGAAGCAACAGGAACUGAAGAUCAUUUGUUCAUGGACGAAGAGGGCGGCCGUGCUGCUGCAGGCUGAGAGAUUACAUCACCGACAGAUCUCCCUACUUCUGGUCAUGGCUGUCAACAGAUGCAUCAAGUAUUCCCUAUUCUUCUUCAAUUUGCUCUUCUGGGUCAGUGGUUGUGUCAUUCUCAGUGUCUCUGUAUACCUCAAAGUGACUAAGGAUGGAAACGAGAUAACCAGUUUUUCUUUCCUCGGAACACUCUUGCUAAUUGCCGUCGGUGUGGUCAUCAUGAUCUUUGGCUUCCUCGGUUGCUGCGGCGCAAUUCGUGAGAGUAGAUGCAUGCUGUUGCUAUUCUUCAUCGGGCUGCUCGUCAUCUUCUCUCUCCUGUUGACGGCGGGCAUCCUGGGAGUCACCGAGAAGGACAAGUGCAUGAACUGGAUCAGAGAGAAGCUGGAGAAGCUUAAUCCACUGGAGAAUAUGACCGACUCAGUUCAAACUGACCUCCAGGCUGUGCAAGAGAAGGGAAAAUGCUGCGGGCUGGUCAAAGGGUACACCGAUUGGGGAACAAAGGGAAUCCCCAAUUCCUGUGACUGCAAGGAAGAAUCGUAUAAGUGCGUGAAUGUCUCGGAAUACCGGAUGGUGUAUGAAACACCUUGCGUUGAGUUUGUGAAAACGUAUUUGAAGCAGCAUCUAGCAGUAGUUCUGGGAGUAGCUUUUGCCAUCGCAGUCCUGAUGCUUUUCGGAAUGAUCUUUGCUAUGACUUUGUGCUGCCAGAUUGGCAAGAAAGAAACUACCGGUGCACAGAAUAUGAAAAUGCCCGAGUAGUGAAGGUGUGUUUCAUAGUGAAGAUCUUCAGCGCAUAUCCUCCUAGCCCAGUGUUUCCCAAUCCAGUCCUCAGAGACCCACGGACAGUCCACGUUUUUGGGAGCAAAAAUUGUGGACUGUCUGGCAGGGAGUUUGGAGGGAGCAAAAACAUGGACCAGCUGUAGGUCUCGGAGGACUGGAUUGAGAAACAUUGACCGAGGUGGGGCCAGUGGUUGCAGGCUAAGCUGCAUGUGUCUCUGACAGAAAGCUAACUAUUCCUUUAAAAGUGUACCUGUGAUUCUGAUUUCUUGACUGCUGUUUCAUUUGUGUGUAUAUGUUAAGCUAAGCAACACUGCACUUGUUUAAUAGCUGCACCAAGGAAAUAUAUUACAGAAGGAUAUAUAAAAUGUCCAUAGUGUCCAUAGACUUACGUCCAGGUUUUGUCCGGGAACUGAGGACAUAAGUCAGUCUGGACAUAUGCUGAUUGUUAUAGGGGAGAGGUCAAAUAUACCAUAUAACGUAAGAUACAAUAUCACAAACAUCUAAGUAAAGUGCAGUCGGUUUGUGUUGGUUUUUGCCGCAUGCUGCACACGUAGUGAGAUAUGUCCGCUCACGUCCACUGACGGAUGGCUGUAUAUUGCAAUAUUCACAUGAUCGUGUCAUAUAACAUGUAAGACUUGAUAUAUUAUUAUGAAAUUCUGUUUGGUUGUAUUGCAUUACUUACUGCUGUGAUUAAGGCCUUCACGAUAUAAAAUACUCUGUAAACUA